UUCAUAGGAACAUAAGAAAUAGAUACAGAAGUAAGCCAUUUCAGCCCCUGAAAUCUACACUUCUGUUCUGUAAGAUGGUCAUGAAUCUGCCCAGGCCUCAUCUGUUCUUUUUUGCCAAACCAUCAUAGUCUUCAGCUCCCUGAUAUUUCAGAUGUUGGUGUUUGAUUAUGCUGAUGGAUCUGGUUCACUCUCUGUCAAAUGAGAGCAGGUUGAAGACACAGAGUUACUAUGGCAUCGCUCAGUGAAGAGGAGGGUGACAUUGGAGACUGGCUGGCUACAAUCCACUUGGAAAAAUACAGAGAAAAUUUCAUCCAGAAUGGGUUUUACACACCCAAAGACUCUAUCCAUUUUAACAAUGAAUCUCUUCUUCAGAUUGGCAUUAAAGCCACUGGGCAUCGGAAACGCAUCUUAAAACUUGUACAACAGCGAAGCCUGACCUCAACAGAUGAGCUUUUGAAUACCACCUCUGACAAGCUUGAUCGUGAUAGAGAUCGAAUGUUGGAGAAGUCAAGAGCUGAUGGCGAUGGGAAAGAUAAUUUAAAUGUUAUUGACGCUGAGCCAGAGGAAUCAGUGAUAAAGCCUGUUCCCAAGCCUCGGACAUUGUUCAACAAACAUUCUUCAACACCCAAACAUCAAGCAGCAACAGGAUCAGCAUCAGGACAUAAUCCUAAUCAGGUUCUGCCGCUGGAAGUCUUUACUCCUACUGAAAUAACUGGAGAUAAACCUGAUUUGAUAGAGAGGGAACACUCAUCAAAUGAUGAAAAUACAGUACGGACUCCAUCUGAGGAACUGGUUCCCAAGGCAGAGGAGAAUAUCCCCCCAGUUCCACCACGAAGUAAUCGGGGCAAACCUCCUGCCUGUUUUAUGCCAAAUUCAACAACCUGCUUCGAUUCUGACCAGUCUGGGACUCAGCCUCUACCUUCUAUGUCCAAGCCUGCUGAAAACCUGAAGGACUUGCAGCUUCUGUCGAGUUUAUCCUCACACUCUCUUCCCUUGAUGUCUUUAGCAACUUUUACAGGAGAAAUGGUUUCUAAUGAACUCUACACAGAAGUGGCAACAUCACUUGAGAGGAACCGGAGUCAAUCUUUUUCUGUUUCAACAGUGAAGUCAUUAAGCAGGAGGCCAGUCCCAGAACUACCGUCCAUGUUGACCAGACCAGAUACAGCAACACUUCCAUCAAGGAAAAGGCAAUGUGAAAUGGAUUGUGCCCAGAAAUCAUUACAGAUCGAAGGAGACAACAUGAUGGCUUACUCUACAAUAGGAGAGAUUCCAACAAACAACCCCAGCACCACUGAGCCCUCACUGUAUUUCACUGAAGAGUCUGAGGAUGAUCAAACAAUAUCACCCUACGCAAGCUUCCAUGCUGUACCUGAGCAAGGGAGAAGCAUGAAAUGUGAUUGGUUAGAGAAACUCUCACCACAAGGAAGCUGCGUAUUCCAAAGACGCUAUUUGAAGUUUGAUGGGAAAUGUCUGAUGUAUUUCAACAAUGAGAAGGAUCCAUACUCUAAAGGAGUAAUUCCUUUAGCAGUUAUACAGAUGGCAAGAGCAGCAAAGGAAAAUAAAUUUGAAGUAGUCACAAGCCACCGAAUCUUUGUUUUCAGGGCAGAGAAUGAAGUGCAGAGAAAUGAGUGGUGUACACACUUGCAGAAUGCUGUCAAGGAAUAUCAUUUCUCCUCCUCUCGUCGGGUUGGAUCAAUGGCUUUCUGCCAGAAAUACAGUUGCUUGGAGAUGAAGGGAUGCAAAUCAAAAGUGUACGCUGCGCUCUAUACUGACAUCUUGUGGCUCUACAAAAAUGAGCAGAGUUUUAAAACUGGGAUUGGAAUCACAAUGAUUGAAGUACAGGGAGCUACGAUUCGUGAUAGUAAUCGUAAAAGUUUUGAGAUAAUUACUCCUUUUAAAACCUUCAGUUUCGCAGCAGAAUCUGAACGAGAGAAGAAAGAAUGGAUCGAGGCACUUCAGGACUCGAUUGCCGAGACUCUGUCUGACUAUGAGGUGGCUGAAAAGAUCUGGUCUAACAAGUCGAACAGAGCAUGUGCAGACUGCAAAGCACAGAAUCCUGAUUGGGCAUCUAUUAACCUUUGCGUUGUUAUCUGUAAGAAAUGUGCAGGUGAACAUCGGGGCUUAGGAACAACCGUCUCAAAAGUACAAAGUUUGAAACUGGACACAAGUAUAUGGAGCAAUGAAAUUGUGCAGCUUUUCAUUGAUUUAGGGAAUGAAAAAGCAAAUCGGUUCUGGGCUGCACGGGUGACUCCAGGAGAAGAGUUGGAUACAGAUGCCACUAUAGAAAGGCGGAGGGAAUUCAUUAAAUUAAAAUAUAGAGAUGGCACUUUCAGAGGACCUCAUCCCAAAUUUGCAACACAGGAUGAACUGAUUAAGUGUUGUGAUGCAGCCUCCUCAAUCCCACCUGUGGACAGUUCGAUAGCAUCCUGCCCCUGGGCGAAGCCGUCUCUGCUCCGGAAUCCUCCUGCUCGGGCUGUAACGCUGGCUUCGUUGUGUGGAAAUAUAAGGAACAAAUCUGAUCCUCUACAGAUGACAUUGUUCAUGCCCUGCUGCAUUUGUGGAAACACGAUUGACAAAUCCUACACAGAAGUUUUAAAUUCCAACUCCUUGGUUUCAAUGGGCAUUUACAGUGAAAUUACGCAACCUGUAUUGCAUUGUGGAUACCUGUACAAGACAUCAGCCAUGACAAAACUACCCAGCAGCAAGAAAUGCAAAGAUGAGUUCCAGAAGCAGUGGUGCUCUUUGGACAGGUCGCUUCUUUUCUAUGAAACAGAUAAAAGUACUGAACCAAUUGGGAAAAUUGAAAUGAAUGACAUUGUUUGUAUUGGAGUGAGCAGACCACAAUCGUUGGCCAACUCUGGUCCUACAGACAGGUUUCGAUACACGUUUGAAAUUUUUCUCACUUCAGAGAAGCUGUUUCAGUUUGGCACGGAUAAUCCUGACAGCCUACAGAUGUGGACCAGUUCCGUAGCAAAGGGCUUCACUGGUUUGAGUCUGCAUAGCUUGUUGAAUUGCCAUUUUGAUCGCAUUGGAAAACUAUGUUAUAAAUCCAUGCGAAAUCCUGGACAAUGGCACGAAGGCUGGUUCAUACUUAACAAAUCCAACCUGAAAUUCUACUCAGAAGAGGGUGGAUUGGAGGAAGAGAUUGUCAACCUCAAGAGACUCCAAGAACUGACUUUCACCAUUCUGAAUGAAAAUAGUGAGAAGAAGGAAGUUUUAAGACUGGUUGACAAGGAAAGAACAUUAUACCUGCACGGUGUGACACGCCUGGAUUAUUCAGCUUGGUGUAGUGAUAUUCAGAGAGCUGCAGGCAGUCGAGGAAAUGCCCUUAGUGAUCAACAACUCAGCAGAAAUGAUAUCCCCAUCAUUGUUGACAGCUGCAUUGCCUUCAUCACCCAGUAUGGUCUGCGGCAUGAGGGGAUUUACAGGAAAAAUGGAGCCAAGUCACGCAUCAAACUCCUGAUGGAUGAGUUUCGAAAAGAUGCCAGGAACGUGAAGCUGAGGACAGGGGAACACUUCAUUGAGGAUGUCACUGAUGUUCUCAAGAGGUUUUUCAGAGAAAUUGAUGACCCAGUUUUUAUGAUGGAUCUUCACCUCCAAUGGAAAGAAGCUGCAGGACAUAAGUAUUACAGGCAGUACCCAGAAUUUAACGCCCAUCUUGAAUCAUGUUUGAGAAGGCAAUGGUGAAUUACCUCAGUG